CCGAGCCGACUCGUGCAUGCUGAAUUGCGUGCCCAGAAAGAGCAAGGUUACUAGUAGUGGUAAGAUCCUAACGUGAAUGAGGGUGUGCAGACAGACCGAUUAGGGGGAGGAGAGCGGAAUGACGCGGACGCUGACGAUGGGUGGUGCGGUGCCGGGAGCAUAGAAGGGUAUACGAAGAGAAAAUCGUGGGCUGAGAAAUAAAGAAGAAAAGCAGAAAAAAAAGGGUAAAAUGAGAAGAAGAGAGCAGGAGGGAGAAGGACUGCGAGUGUGAACCGACCAUGGGAGGAUGUGCAACGUGGGAUGGAUGGAUGAAUGUAGUAUGGAUAGAGCGGAUGAGUGGAUGCGGAUGUAAGUGAUCGGAAGAAGACGAAACAGCAAUGAACGACAGAGAUUAGAUCGACGGACGCAGAGCGUUGCGGGGGUCACCACUUUAGAACAGGGAAAGAAAGAGAGAAGAGAGAUCAAAGCCCCAAAAGCAGAACAGAACACGAGAUCUAGAGCAGACGCGGCGGAUGCACGCUGACGAUCGCCACAGCGCACCGCACACACGGGCGGCGCGCCUCAGGCGCACCGGCACGUCAAGAUGCUCCAGAACGAGUUCCGCGGCCUCGCCACCUCCCCGUCCUGCCCGAUGUCCCGCCCGCCCGCGCCGACGUCCCCCGCACGUGCCCGCACCGGGCUCACCGUCGGCGGCGCCGGUCCCACAGAUGACACCAUCGGCGACACGCGGCCAUACUGCUGUUGCAGCCCCCCGUACACCUCGUCGUUCUCCCCGCCUGGCCCUCCUCCCGCAUUCAUCCCCAUCCCGCUCGCGCCGCGCCCGUAAUCGUACCCAGCAGACGCAUAGGGAUGCUGCUGCUGCUGCUGCUGUUGCUGGAGGUGCAGCUGUUGUUGCUGCAGCAGCUGCGGGCUCGCGCGGUGGCUCGUGGAGAUCGGCACGUUGGCGUGC